UACUGGUGCUUGAUUGGGUUGGCCACAUGUUUGAAAGGUUGGAAAACUGGGCACGUUAUACGGCUGAGCGGAUUUGUGCGUGCGAUGAGAAGUGAAUGCGCAAUAAACACAUACACGACCAACGUGAGCAGGACAGUUUUUUCACCGGGUUCCCACCGCUCGCGUUCACGUCAAGCGAGUGAUGGCAAAAUGGUCGCCAUGAUUUGAUGCUGAUGCUGAGAAGCUUUUGGAUGAGAGAACUCGUGCUGAUUUAGUGAGAAUUGUUCGUCCUCAAUUCACCCAUAUUUACACUACCCAGCUCAUCGUUCGGCGCCGUUAUUGUUGGUAGUGGCAAAAGCGCGCGAUUAUUGUGCAUACGGGGAUUAUUGUGAAUACCGGGCAAGGCCAAUGAUUCGGAGGGACGCUAAACCGAAGCGAUAGUUGUUGACCGCGUCGCGUGGAUAAAUACUUCAAAUGGACAUCGCGAAUGUAGACGUAAAAACCCAAAAGUGCGUCCAACGUACAGAAGGAAGAGCUCGUGCGGAUAUUCGAGGAGUACCAGCAGAAGAUGAAGCUAGAGAAUCUGGACGAUAGCAAAGAACGCACCAAGUUCUGGACCGACGCGGCGCAGCGGUUGAACAAGAUAGAAGGUGGCACGGUCAAACCGAUCUCGAAGUGGGUGAAGUACUGGGCGGACGUCAUCAUAAACCUGCGCCGCAAGAGCCGCCUCGUGAUGGAGGGGCGUUCGCGGCGGAUCGGACCGACGCAACUGGAAGUGCGCAUUCUGCGCGUGAGCAACUGCUACGAUGUGCUCGAAAAUUGGACGAAAUCGGUCGACGGCACUACCGAGCUGGGCAUUGCCCCCGUUGAAGAGUACUACCCGGAGGACACCGGCGUACAAAAGGAGGAAAUUGUGGUGGAAAACUAUAACGAAGACCAGCUGGUGGACGAAGAGUACGUGUCCUUCACCAAGAGCGACAUGGACGGCACGGCACAAACCGUGACCACGGAGCUGCACAUCCGCAAAGCCUCCACGGAGGAGUUGAAACCGGCCCAACAUCAUCCGACGACGGAGUACUCCAUCGAACUGUCGGCGGUUAACAGCCUCACCAGCGCCACGAGCGAAUUCCUGCGACCCAAGCCGCCGAUCGUGGCCGAGGUGCGGCUGAAGGAGAAUCUGAAACGAAACACCGAAAAGCUCGAAACGGUGAUGAAAAAGCGAAAGAUUGACGACUCCAAGUACGCCAUUGCCCAAGCCCUCACCAACAUGUCGUCCGCGAUACUGGCCCUGUCGAACGGCGUCAGUGAUCUGGCCCAGGCGCUCAUGAACGAUAGCAGCAGCAGUGGUAGCGGCAGCGGCUUGCAAGAGUCGGUUCUGUAACCGCGAUGGCGCGCGUCGUAGCGUUAUUAAUUAGUUUUAAAGCGGAAGACGAAGCGAAGCGGACGGUUCGGGGUUCGCUACCAGCUAAGGACGACGGAGACGAAGGUACACGAAAUAAAAGGUAUCGUUUUAUUUCAUAAUUUACACAAUUCACUCUUUUCGGUUGAUAAGGUAUCACAAUACAGUUGUCCGUAACAAAAAAAAACAAUAAAAUAAACGCAAACGGGAACGGGCAACGAAUGACCGGAGGCCCCCUGUCUUUUCCCCUCUCUCUAACAAGAUCCUUAGCGUAUGUGUUAGGCCAUUUUCUUCGACUAAAUGAAUAGUAAUAAAACAAA